CUGCUGAUUUUAAAUUCCAGCUUCUCAUGUGCUCAGCGCACCCUCCAGCAGUCGACGCCUGAGGCAGCCGUCUGUGUGGACUGCGCCUGAGCGAAUCAUAGAUGCUGAGCUCCUUCUUCCUGGUCCCCAUGGAUCUCCCUGUGCACUCGGGUUCUUAGCUGCCCUUUUUCUCUCGCUGCCAUUUGCAACCUCAUCCUGCCUCUCCCAUCUUCUCUCCGGUGUCUCGAAUGACUGGACAGAAGCUGUGGACACAGGUGGCUGUACUGGCCCUUCUGGUGCUAACGGUGAUGGCAGCUGAAGGAGGGAAAGCAGAAAAACAAGGAAAGAAGGAACGCAAAUCUGACUGUGGGGAUUGGCAGUGGAGCGUGUGCGUCGCCAACGAGGGCGACUGCGGCCUGGGAACCAGGGAAGGAACGCGCACAGGAACCGACUGCAAACAGACCAUCAAGACCCAACGCUGCAAGAUCCCCUGCAACUGGAAGAAGAAGUUUGGAGGGGAAUGCAAGUACGAGUUCCAGGACUGGGGGGAGUGUGACCUGGUGACGGGGAGGAAGAACAGGACCGGGGUACUGAAGCGAGCGCUCAUGGAUGCGACCUGCGCUGCCACCGUCACGGCAACCAAGCCAUGCGGGAAAAUUCCCAAGCCCAAGCUGCAAGAUGCGAAGAAGCAAAAGAAGGAAGGGAAGAAGCGAGAGCGCACCCCAAUGGACUGAGAUUUGUUUUUAUUUCAUGCCAGCAAAAUGGAAGAAGACUGUGGGAAGACGUCCACUUUCCCAUUCCAACCUGCUUCCUGUUUAUCUGUACUGUAGGCUGACUUUAGGACACUGUAGUUUUGAUGAAACCAGUAAAAACAUGAAUUUUA